AUGGGGGUGCCUUCUUUCUUCCGUUGGCUGGGCAACAAGUAUCCCAAAGUGGUGGUCAAGGCCAUUGUCGACCAGAGAGAUGAGUCCACAAGCUCACCAAACCCAAAUGGCAUGGAGUUUGAUAACCUUUAUCUUGACAUGAAUGGGAUUAUCCAUCCCUGCUUUCACCCGGAAUCAGAUGAAGAUGGAGUGCAACCAACUAGUUUUGAAGAGGUGUUCAUCAAUAUUUUUGAAUAUAUUGACACACUUUUCAACAUUGUUCGACCAAGGAAGCUUUUAUACAUGGCCAUAGAUGGAGUCGCUCCAAGGGCUAAAAUGAAUCAACAACGUGCCAGGCGUUUCAAGUCUGCCAAGGACAAGGAAUUAGCUGAUGCUGAAGAAGAGAAGCUGAGAAGACAGUUUGAAUUGGAAGGCAAACAAGUGUUACUAAAAAAGGAAAACGAAGUCUCAGAUUCAAAUAUAAUCACCCCUGGAACUGAUUUUAUGUACAAAUUGUCGAAUGCUCUUCGCAGCUAUAUUAGUUUACGCUUGAACAAUGAUUCAGGCUGGAGGGACAUCAAGGUGAUUCUUUCUGAUGCCAAUGUUCCUGGAGAAGGGGAACACAAAAUAAUGUCUUUCAUACGCCAGCAGCGUAAUUUUUCUUCGUAUGAUCCAAACACCUGCCAUUGCUUGUAUGGAUUGGAUGCAGAUUUGAUAAUGUUGGCUUUGGCAACACAUGAAGUUCAUUUUUCCAUAUUGAGAGAGGAUGUUCUAAACCAGGAGCAGCAACAUGCAAACUGUCAAUCUGUUCGAGAAAUGACUCCGUCUUCUGUAAAGUCAGGCAACAGAAAAGCAUCCAUUGUAAAAAAGCCCUACCAGCUUCUGCAUGUUUGGAUUUUGAGGGAAUAUUUGGAGCUUGAUAUGCAAAUCAAUGAUCCUCCUGAGAAUUUCAAGUUUGAUCUUGAGUGCAUAAUUGAUGAUUUUAUAUUUAUGUGCUUUUUUGCUGGAAAUGAUUUUCUGCCCCACAUGCCAACUUUGGAAAUUCAUGAGAAUGCAAUUGACUUGCUGAUGACUAUCUAUAAGAAGGAAUUCAAAAAUCUCGGGGGUUAUAUGGUUGAUAUGCUCCGGGUCAAUGACAAGAAAUCAGGAUUCAUCAAACUAUCCAGGGUUGAGAAAUUUAUUCUUCUUGUUGGUGCUUAUGAAGAUAAAAUUUUCAAGAAAAGAUCAGAACUACGUGAGCGUAAACUCAGACGUCUUUGCCUUAAUAAAGAUUCUCUAGAGGAAGAAAUUGAUGCUGGAAGUUCAGCUACUGAUUCAAGCAGUACUUGUACAUUGCCUAAUGGAGAAGAAUCCGAAGCUCCGUCACUUGGGAUGUUUGAAAAUAUGCAUUCUCAAAUAAUAGAAAAUACAAAGGAGUUUAAGCAGAAAUUGAAAGAUAGCAUCAGAAGGAAAUCUGAUCUGUUUAAGAAUGGUGAUUUAGGGACGGACAAAGUACGAUAUGCUGCUGCAGGCUACAAGGAAAGAUAUUACAAAUACAAAUUUUCUGCAGAAGGGCCAGGGGAUAUUGAAAGCAAAAGAAAGGAAGUAGUUAAAUACUACACUGAAGGACUGUUCUGGGUUCUCUUGUACUAUUUUUCGGGUCCCCCAUCAUGGACAUGGUUUUAUCCUUUCCACUAUGCGCCAUUUGCUUCCGACCUAAAGGGCCUUGGUCAGGUGAAACCUAAGUUUGAAAAAGGUUCCCCAUUCUUACCUAUCGAUACUCUUAUGGCUGUGUUACCACCGAGAAGUGCUCAUGCACUUCCGAAAGUUUAUCAGACACUUAUGACAGAUGAGAGUUCUACCAUUAUUGACUUUUACCCUUCUGAUUUUGAAAUUGAUAUGGAUGGAAAACGCUUUACAUGGCAGGGCAUUUGCAAACUUCCUUUUAUAGAAGAAGAACGGCUUCUAUCUGAAACGAGAAAGUUAGAGAAGGAGUUGGUGGGGGAAGACAGAGACAGGAAUAAAGAGAAAGUUGAUCAAUUAUUUGUGCUAAGCACACACAAUAUGGCAUCACAGAUUGUCGCACUGUUUACAAAGGAAAACUGCCCCAUCAAGAUUGACAACAGUUUGUGUUCUGGAAUUAGUGGUUUUUUCCGUCUUCAUGAGAAUGCUUCCAGUGUUAAAGGAGGAGAUAAUAAACUUCAAGAAGACUCUGUCUUAUGCGUGGGAUAUGAGCUUCCAAACGAUGGUCCACAUGUGCCUCGUUUACUUGCUGGUGUAGAGUUUCCUGUCAAGACAAUCACUGAAGACGAUCUUAUGGAGACAAAACUAUGGCAUGAAUAUCAGGGAAGCACACCCAGCUCCAGCAGUCAGCUUGUUCAGGAAAGGUUUAGAAAACCAGAUAAUAUGGGAAAUCAAGGCUUCUGGAACAAUGCUAGAUUCACUUCUAGCUCUCCGAAUAUGAUACACAAAUUUUCUGGCACUGGAUGGGGUUAUGGUAGAGGGAAAGCAAUUGCAAGUCCUGAUUUUGGAGACCGAUUUCAUGCUCCAGGAAGAAUACAGUGUGAAAGAGUAAUGUCAUCUGGCUCAUAUUCAGGGAACGGUGCAGUAGCAUACAAAAAAGCCGCUCUUCAUGAGACACCUGUUUGUAAUGAAAAGUGGAGAGUUGCUGGUUCUGGUUCAGGAGAUCAAAUACGAACCCUUAGAGAUUUGCAAAUAUCGAAGUCGUCAUCAAGCCAGUGCUGGAGGCCUAAUGGAAGAGUUCAGUCAGCAAACAAUGUUUUCUGGCCGUCUAGAAAUGGCUUCACACCUGACACAAACCAUGCUUGGCAACAUGGUCAGUCCCGCGGUAGAGGCCAUCAGGACUCCUCGAAGCAUUAUUCACCUUUUGCUGCUAACCGUUCACCCCAAGCCAGUGGAAGUGCGCACUUUGUUCCACGUAGUUGGGAUACUGAAGGUAAGCCCCGCUGGUAG